AUGGGCGAACACUCGGAAAAACAUAUACACUUCCAAGACGGCGAUUAUGGCUCUGAUGGCUGCUCAGACGAUGAUGAUGCUAAGGCAGUCGAGAAUGGCGCGACUAAUACCGUAGAACCUGCGCAGGUAGUCUUCGAUCCAGGAAACCCCUAUCGUCGCAAGAGCUCCAUGGUCGCCUCAGAAAUCAAAGCGCCUGUGAUGCGCCACCCUUCACGUCGCGACGAGUGCCUCGUCCACCAGUUCCUCGAUAGUCAACGACGCGCCAAGGACGCUGCCUGCUCAGCCAGCGAACCCGAGUCGGAAACUUCGAUGGGAAACGGUUCCUCGUACCUAAGCAACCACCCGGACCCUAGCCAGGCCAGCUUUCACAGGGCCCUCAAUGGCGACCACGUUGAAGCCGUUCGCGACGAGAGUCUUGACUCGGUGGUCGACCCGAAAUUCAAGAGGAAGUGUCGCGCUGUUGUAGAGCCUGGUAGCAUGGAUCACUCCGGCCAGGCUGACCAGCAGGCUUGGACGCAGCAAAUGACCAAGAGCAUGUCCGACCUCGACCUGGGAGGUGAUCAUGAUGAUGUGCGAAGUCGUCUGCUCACCAAGCAGCAGCUUAGCGACAUGGCAUGGGGCGUGAGAGAACUAAGUCGUCGGUUGAGCAGUAUGCGCAUUCGAUUCAAGGUCAAGAGCAUCUUUAUCCUGACAAAGAUCUACGACCAAGACUUGAUCCCCAAAACAAGAGAAUUGGUCAAAUGGCUAUUGCAGCAUAACCAUGAGGUCGCAUACACCGUCUACGUCCAAGACAAGCUGAAGAGCAAUAAGAAGUUUGAUGUCAAUGGUAUCAUUGAUGAGGUAAGCAAGGGAUACGUUGAGAAGGGUGAUGCGAACGAACAAACAGUAAAAGACACACUCAACAAGCGUUUGCGAUAUUGGGACGAGAACAUGUGUCGAACACGACCCCAUACCUUUGACUUUGUCAUCUCGCUCGGUGGUGAUGGUACAGUGCUAUAUGCUAGUUGGCUGUUCCAGCGCAUUGUGCCACCUGUAUUGAGCUUUGCACUAGGAAGCUUGGGCUUCCUGACCAAAUUCGACUUUGAAGAGUAUCAGCAAACCCUUACAACAGCCUUCACCAAGGGCGUGACAGUGAGUCUGAGACUGCGGUUCGAGGGCACUGUCAUGAGGAGUCAACCACGUAAGAAAGCUCAACUCGACAAGGGUUCCGAUGAGGAUGAUGAUCCGCCGCGAGAUCUGGUAGAAGAACUGAUUGGUGAGGAGAGGGAGGACGAGCAUACGCAUCGACCGGAUGGGACGUUUGAGAUUCUGAAUGAGGUGGUGGUGGAUCGAGGCCCAAAUCCAAGUAAGAAUCCCACAGUCAACGUUGCCCCUGCAGGAGAUGUUCUAACGUAUAUUCUAGCUCUGUCAACUACCGAGAUCUUUGGAGAUGACGAACACUUUACUUCGGUCUUGGCCGAUGGUAUCUGUGUGUCAACACCAACUGGCUCAACGGCAUACAACUUGGCUGCUGGGGGAUCUCUGUGCCACCCAGAAAACCCCGUGAUGCUGGUCACAUCCAUCUGCGCGCACACGCUAUCGUUCAGGCCGAUUAUUCUACCCGACACGAUCGUGCUGCGAGUUGGUGUUCCAUACGGCGCGAGGACAUCUUCGUGGGCGAGCUUCGACGGCAGAGAGCGCGUGGAGCUGAAGCCAGGAGACUACGUGACCAUCAGCGCGAGUAGAUUCCCGUUUGCUUCUGUGCAGGCUGAGGGACGGAGAAGCGAGGAUUGGGUCAAUAGCAUUAGCGGGAAACUCGGAUGGAAUACGCGACAGAAGCAAAAGAGCUAUAAAGAGUGGGAGAAAUAA